AUGAUUUCAUCAAACGCAAACAACAUAUCCGUGGUUUUGGACCAUGCUGGUUCGGACAGAAAUGAUACUUCUACACCAACAAAAUGUGCCGCUUUCACUGUUGGACCCAUGGAAAUUUAUAUCACAAUACAUGUUCUCACUCUUUUAGUGUCCUUGGUAGGAAAUAUUCUUAUCAUUGCUGCUUAUGUGAGAAUGAAGGAAAAUAUUUUGCUCCCUAUCGCCAACAUGGCUGCAUCUGAUCUGCUGACUGCACUCUUUCUAAUGCCUCGCCUUUUAACAAGAGAGUUCACUCGAUCCAACGUUUUCCUCGUUCGAGGAGGUACAGGUACAUUUCUGUGCAAGAUGUGUACUUUCCUAAGCGACGUAUCGUUGUCUGUGUCGACCCAGAGCGUAUUGCUUAUAGCCACUGAACGAUUCCUUGCUAUUGUUCAUCCACUUCUGUAUAAGAAGGUGUUCACGGUGAAAAGACGCUAUCUCUUCGUCGCUUUAACAUGGAUAGCUUCCAUGGCGAUUCAUUCGCCAUACUUUUACAUUUUCCGUCUGUCUGCCGAUAACACGUGUCAACCCAACUGGGAACCAGCUUUUGAUCAUGAGUCGACGCAGCCACGCUACCUGAUCUUUCUAUUCAUAACAGUUUUGUUUUUACCGCUGCUUUCUAUUUCUGUGCUUUAUGGUAUUAUCCAUGUUAAACUUCAGAGAGAUAAAUUGGCUUCGUCUCGAACUGAGAGAGGGGCUGUAAGACAUCAAGAACGCAGCAGGAAGUUACAAAGGAUGGGAAUAGCUACUAUCAUUGCGUUCUUACUUUGCUGGACGCUUUAUAUUGGAAUAAGUGUUUUCAAACUAUUUUCCCCAAAUGCUCAACAGAAUUGUAAUAUAGGUUUCAGGAUGGUUGAUCAUAUUUCUCGAGUUUUGGUAAGCUGCUAUCCUGCGGUAAAUGCGAGCAUUUGCUUCAUCUUCGUACAGGGCUUUACUCAGCAGCUUAUAGGUAUGUGUAGACGAAAACGCCAACGAUCAGUCACUACUGAAAUAGUACAAGAUUGGUCUGCGGAGAACAACUGCAGUCGCAUACGAUCUGAAUCAGCGCAAACAUUGAGCUCGUUACUGAUCACGAGAAACGGGAACAAUUGCUCACUCGUUGAUUCCCAUCUAGUCUAA